AUGGACAACGCUGAAGAUUUCGACACACAGGACGAGCACAUUAAUGACCAGCAGCAGCAUGGCAUGUACUUGGACACAUGUAUGCAGCCAGUAGAUGUUGCACAGGAAGUACUGGAUCACCAUUUUGACAGUGUUCUAUCAGUAGCCCCAGCAGAAGGUAACACUCCUGUACGUUUGCUUACAGAUGUCAGCAAUGAGGCUAAAUGUUUUCCUGCUCUCUUCCCAAAGGGAACUGGUACUUUUCAUGACACCAGACCGCACAAGUUGACAUUGAGUCGCUAUCUAAAUGCUAGAAUUCUUAAUGCUGAUGGUCGAUUUGGCAGUAAUGUAGAGUACAUCUUUUAUGCACAGUACUUAUCAGAAAUUAAUCAAGUUGUGUCAAAUGUUUCUAUAGCAUUAAGAAAAGGGCAUCAUGGAGGAGAGAGCAGUCAGAUUACAUCCUCAAUGCUUGCUAGUACAGACUUUGUAAAUAAUGUGCUACGUUGUGACAUGGGCUACAAAUUUCUGAAACCUAUACGUGGAACACCUGUCUUUUGGCAGCGAGUCCAGAAAGACUUGUUUGCUAUGGUCAAGCAGCUCGGUAUUCCUACCUGGUUCUGUUCCUUUUCAUCGGCAGAUUUACGUUGGACAGAAUUGAUGCAAACUUUUAUGGAAGUGCAAAAUGUUCAAGGCAAUGUAGAUGAGAUGGACUGGUCCCAAAAAUGUAAUUUGCUCAACAAUAAUCCUGUCACAGCAGCAAGAAUGUUUGACCAUAGGUUUCGUUCUUUUCUACACGACGUGAUCAUGUCUCCUGCUCAGCCAAUCGGUAAGAUUAUUGACUACUUUUAUCGUGUUGAGUUUCAGCAGCGUGGAUCUCCACACACACAUUGCUUGUUUUGGGUGGAGAAUGCACCGAAGAUUGGCAGGAACACAGAUCAGGAGGUCAUAGACUUUAUUGAUAAAUAUGUAACAUGUGACCUCCCACCUGAAAGUGAUGAUCUGCAUGAGGUUGUGUCCAGUGUUCAAAUGCACAGCAAGAAACACUCUAAAAGUUGUAAAAAGAAAGGCACACCAUGCAGGUUUAAUUUUCCGCGACCUCCAAGCAACAAAACAUUUCUGUGUAAGGCAAAAACAGAGCAGCAGCAACAACAGCAGCAGCAAGAGCAACAGGAUAACUCUGACGGAGCACAGCAGCAAACUGAUGUUAAAACAACUGACCCAGCGACAGUAGCAAAAGAGAUCAUCAGGAAAGUUAAAGUCGCUCUUUCAAAUGAAGAAGCAACCUUUGACAGUGUUGAUGCUCUCUUUAGCUCCAUGGGUAUCGAUCAGUCAGUGUUUGAAAAGGCUAUGCAGUUAACUACCAAAAAAACUAGCGUGGUUCUUAAACGAAAUGUUGAUGAUGUUUGGGUAAAUCAAUACAACAAAGAUCUCUUGCGUUGUUGGAAUGCAAAUUUAGACAUUCAGUUUGUAUGUGAUGCAUAUGCCUGUGUAGUAUAUAUCAUCUCCUAUAUAUCAAAAGCAGAAAGGGAAAUGGGUUUGCUACUUAAACAUGCACAGAAUGAGGUGAAAACAAAGGAAAAUGUUGAUGCAAAACAGGCCCUUAACAAGUUAGGAAGUGUGUUUUUGCAUAAUAGAGAAGUAUCUGCCCAAGAAAGUGUAUAUCGUCUCACCAACAUGCGAUUAAAGGAGUGCUCCAGAAAUGUCGUAUUUGUUCCAACCGGAGACAAUAUAGUCAGGAUGAGUCUUCCUCUCAAUGUAAUUCAGAAGAGAGCAGAACAAGAAGACCUUAACUCGGACAAAAUCUGGAUGACCAGCAUUACUGAUCGUUACAAAAGCAGACCUAAAACAGAUGAGUUUAAAGACAUGUGUCUCGCUAGUUUUGCUUCAGAAUACAGAGUUGUGCCCAAAAGUGAAAAAUGUCAAAAGAAUGUGAUUAAACUGGGUAAUGACUGUGGUUUGGUAAAAAAGAGGACAAGGACAAAUGCGGCUGUUGUGAGAUAUGCUCGCUUCUCUCAAACAGAAUAUCCUGAAAAGCACUACCAAAGCUUGCUUCAGCUGUUCUUGCCUCAUUAUACAGACCAACAGGUGAAACCCAAACAGUUUGUAUCCUUUCAAGAGUUUUACAACACUGGUUCUGUCACCACCAGCAGCAAUGAACUUAAAUCUGUAAAAGAAGUGGUUGAUUUGAACAGGUCCAAGUUUGAAAAAGAAGCUAAAGCAAUGGAACUCUGUGAAGAAGCCUUAGAAUGUGAUGGCUUCCCAGAAGACGCCUGGGCUGAUCUAUGUCCUGAAGCAGAACUAGAACGAUUGGAAAGUGCAGAGGAAAUGACUGCUAACAAAGACUUGUUUCCUACGGAAAGAGACGUUAUUCCAGAUUUACAACCAGAAACAACACCUGUGUCCAUAGAGUUCCCAAAACAGAAAAUGAGUCAUUCUGAAGCACAAACUAUCAUGAGAUCUCUGAAUGAGCUACAGUCACAGGUGUUUUACACAAUACAGAAGUGGUGCUUGGAUACAGUAAACGGUCACAAUCCUGCACCUUUUCAUGUCUUCCUUUCGGGCGGGGCGGGCACAGGCAAAUCCCACUUGAUUAAAGCUUUGUACUACGAGACCACAAGACUGUUAGCCAGACUGUCACAUAAUCCAGAUGCCGUUCAUGUUUUGCUUACUGCUCCUACAGGUGUAGCUGCUUAUAACAUUAAUGCUACUACAAUACACAACACCUUUGCUAUCCCUACUAAUGUGUCAUUGCCGUAUCAGCCACUAAAAGAGGAAAAAGUCAAUACUUUAAGAGCUGCUUUGAGAGAUCUCAAAAUAUUGAUCAUUGACGAAAUUUCCAUGGUUGAUCACAAAUUACUGGCAUACAUACAUGGCAGAGUGAGGCAAAUUAAACAAUCUGGCGACUUUGCUCCCUUUGGUAAUGUGUCUGUAAUAGCUGUUGGAGAUUUUUACCAGCUUCCGCCGGUAAAAGGAAAACCUCUUUACACAGACCAAGCAGGGAUCGACCUAUGGGGCAGUACGUUUAAACAUGUAGAGCUGACAGAAGUAGUGCGACAGAAAAAUCAAGACUUUGCUGUGACACUAAAUCGCAUCAGAAAACAUAAAAAAGGAGACAAACUCAACGCCCAAGAUGAAAAACUGUUAAAACAAUGUCAGACUGGCUUGGGUGAUGACACAGAGGACCUUCACAUUUUUGCAACAAACAGUGACGUAGAUGCCCACAACUUUAAGAUGUUACACAAGGUAUGUUCAGAUGUUGUCCAGAUUAAAGCACAGGACUUUGAGAAAAAUCCUCAAACAGGACGAUUUGCCCAAAAGACAACUUCACAUGCGUUCAACAAACACACACAUUUAAGUGCAUUGUUGAGUAUCGCUCCAAACGCUCGUGUUAUGCUCAUUAAAAACAUAGACACUUGUGAUGGUCUUGUUAAUGGAGUCCUUGGCACUGUUUCUCUUAUCAAAUGUGAUGAGAAAACCAAAGUCCCAAAACUUAUCUACGUGAAAUUUGAUGACGACAGGAUUGGCAGUAAAUUAAGAGCUAAAUUUCCUUGUACAGUGCCUGGUCUUCAAAACGCCACACCGGUUGGGCUUGACGAAGACAAAGUCCCCUACAGAGGUGGAAUUAGACGACAGUUUCCCUUGCGUCUAGCGUGGGCCUGCACAAUCCAUAAAGUGCAAGGCUUAACGUUGGAGAAAGCAGUGGUGUCCUUUAAAAAGAUUUUCUCUGCUGGCCAAGCUUACGUUGCUUUAAGCCGCGUUACAUCUAUAGAGAAUCUUAUUAUUCAGGAUUUUAAAGCCACUGCUAUUUAUGCAAAAACAGACAUAGAUGAUUGUUUGCAGAAAAUGGGAAACUACAUUGAGACUCCAUUAACAAGACCAGAUGCCUCUCUGAAAGUCUGCUUACUUAAUAUCCAAGGCUUACAAGCACACAUAGCAGACCUAAAACACGACCGCAGGAUGUUAGAUGCUGACUUGCUGUGUCUCACAGAAACAUGGCUGCAACACAACACAGCACAGGGUAACAUUGACAUGGCAGGAUGGACAUUUCACUGUAAAGCGAGGUCCCAAUCCUACAGUAACCAGGGAGCUUUUUCUGCUUUACAGAAGCAACAGCAUGGCGGUGUUGGCUUUUAUCAUAAAAACCACAUCAUUUCCAACAUUAUCAAUCUGCCAUGCAGUGAGUUGGAAGCAAUAAUUUUUAACAUUCAGCCUAUGAACCAUAAUUACAUAGUGCUGUACAGACCACCAUCAUACCAAAUUGGCCUGUUUAAACAAAACCUCAGUGCUGUAGUCAGUCACUUUAAUGCAUUAUCAGGAGGUAAAAUAAUAAUGGGUGACUUUAAUGAUAAUGCUGUUGUGUCAAAGUCUAUGGAGAACUUCAUGACACAACAUGGCUACAGUCAAAUCGUUACUUGUCCGACAACAGAGAACGGUACACUGAUUGAUCAUGUUUACAUUAAAGAUAUCGACGCUGCAACUGUCGAAAUCCAACUGAUGUCAACAUACUACAGUUACCAUGAAUGCCUUUGUAUUCAUUUUAAGUAGGGCAAACAACAUUCAGCUCUGAAGGUGGAAAGUCUGUAGUACCGCAUGGGGUGGGGCUCUUUUAUUGAGCUUAUGAACUUUUUCAUGUGUUAGCAACCCUCAUCAUGCACUUGAGAUAUCAUUUCUGGGUUCAACGUCAUGCAGAUGCUUGUAUGAAUCAGUUUUAUAGUGCAGGGGAACAUUAUAACCGGUAUGUUAUUUAUAUGUUAUUAUAAGUGACGACAGACGUGUCCCUAACUGUUUUACACUUCAGGACCUGUGUGAAAAUGUGUGGGUUUUUUUGAGUUAUAUAUUUACAGGAGUGCAACAAGCAGUUGGAGCAGAAUGAUUGACCAACCAAGAGGCCACAGACCGACCCGAUCCAGAAAAAGGCCAGAGAGUCCCAGACUGUCAAUAAACCUAAAGACAUGCAGAAGCAGACACGAUUGAUUCCCUGCUUUCAGAGGUCCAGCGAAGAGAAACACAUCAUAGGGAGCUGGCAGAAAUGGAAGCUGAACUGAAAGAUGACGCCCCAAGAGGAACAACAAGCAUGUGGCCCAUAUAAGAGCAAAAGGAAGAAAGACAACAGAAACAGGACAAACAGUGACUACAGACACUGAGCAGCCUCCUCUGCUCAAGGACAAUGACUACAAAUUGAACAUUUAAUAAAAAGGCACACAUGUGAUUUCUUGCUCUGUCCUAUCUCCUUCUCUUUCUGUCCCCUCACCCCAACCGGAAUAGCAGAAAGCCGCCACCUCUGAGCCUGGUUCUGCAAAGGUUUCUUCCUGUUAAAAGGGAGUUUUUCCUUUCCACAGUCGCU